CAACUCAACCUGGCUGUGGCGCAUGCGUGGAUGAUUAGUGAAGUGCGAGACAUCGCGGCAAUCGGACGUUGCAGACGCGUGGAAGAUCGAAUCUUCCAGACCCAGAUUGAGACUCAGAUUCAGAUUCAGAUACAGAUAAAGACCCAUAUUGCAUCCAUACUUAAUCAGAGAUACGGCUACCAAGAUACAGAUACGAAAUGGCACCGAGCCUGUCUUUAAUUUUUGUCAGUGUCGUGCUCCUAAACGCAGUGGCCUCCUUCGCCUGGAAGCCCAUCGCGGGAUCCCCCAGCGGGAUUAGCAGCACUGGCAGCUCAGCCUCCUACAGCCUCAAGCAAUCGCAUCCAGGGUCGGCGAGCAGCAGCCAUGAGAUGUCCACUAGCUUUUCGCAGUUCUCACCGGGCAGUGAAAAAGAAUCCACCGACGACGACGAGGAUGAUCUGCUCCUGGGCAGAGCGGCUAUUGUGAACGGCGUGGAUGCGGGCGCCUCGGUGGCAUCCCAUCAUGCAUCUGGCAUCAGCUUUGCCGAUCAUGUGGAGGACCAAUACGAGUCGUACAGUAUUGAGGACGAGACGCCCAAGGAGCCGCUGACCUUCACGCGGACGCCACUUUACGGUGCCGACCGGUGCAGCGUCAAGAAGUUCGCCUUUAAUCAGGACGGCGAGGUAGAGUACGGCAAUCGGAUGCCAGAGCUGGACCAGUUCACCCUCUGCUUCUGGAUGCGAUUCACUAACCACAGCGGCGACCACGUCCUCUUGACCUACGAGGCUGGAAAGGAACCACGCGAGGUGCAAAUCUGGGUCGCAAAUGCGCAGAAUUCCAGUUUCCUUUCGAUGGCCAUAAAAGGUCAGCAAAUGUACAGAUUGAACUACCCGCUGAAAAUGCGGCAGUGGCAUCACAUGUGCAGCUCAUGGAAUGGCAAGACGGGCGAGUGGCAGGCAUGGCUGAAGGCAGAACGCAUUGGGCGUGGCUUCCACAACUCGUUAGUGGGUCAUAAAAUCCCAGCGAACGGCAAGCUGCGCUCCGGUGGAAGUUCAGUCACCGGCGAGGUGAGCCAUGGCCUGCACUUCGAGAUGACGCUGGUCCAGGUCUACCGGGUGGCACUCAGUGCCGGCAAGGCACAUCGCGACCACAAGCACCACCAUGUCCACCACUUCGACCACGAGGGCCAGGAGCUCUCCAGUACCACUCGUGCCCCACCCUCGAUCAAUCGUCCCCAGCCCAUGCACACACUGCUGGCCAGUGGACAGAUCCCCACUAGGGUGCGCAUCAACUUGGCCAACCCACCGCCACAGCCGCCGUCGGCAAAUGGAGCUGCCGCGCCCGCUCCUGCUGCAUCCACUGAUCCCGCCCAGCAGGGCAUCACCAUCAAUACGAACUUCGUCAAUGGACAGAUCAAUGCGGGAUCGCGACUGGUUGCCCAGCAGCUGCUGGGACUCUCGCCGGGCGGACAACUGCAAGCCAAUCGCUUCCAGAUGCUGAGCAACUCGGCCAACGUGAAGUUUAUCGAUGAAACCGAAACCCACAUCCAGUUCAAGCGGGAGGCUGAAACCUCCAAGAAGCUACAGAAGCGCGGCCUGGUUUUGCUGGACGAUGGAUCUGUGGUGGACGACGGAUCCGGAACAGAUUCCAAUCUAAUCUACAAUGGACUCGCCGACUUCGGCGGCCAGCAGUUCAAGCAGGACCUGACGCUCAAGAUGAGCCUGGAGGAGGAGAUCAGCACGCACGACCGGGAGCCCGCCGAGGAGGAGGUGAAGGCGGUGAUGGCCAUCUGCAGUAGUUGCCAAACGGAGCCCUUCCAGGGCGCCAUUGUGUUCGCGUGGAAGGAUGUGCGCGAGCACAUGAACAACGCCCUCAAGGGCCUCAGUGUGGGUCCGUGCGGCAACUUCUAGUUGUCCAAGGACCGUGUCCAAGGACCCCAGCUUGAGCUUUCCCAUUCCCCAUUUUCCCUGUCUGUUUUUUUUUUUUGUUUGUUUCUUUCUAUAUGGUGUGGGCACCUUCAGUCCCACAUGUCCAUGUGGGAGUCAACGCUUUACACUGGCGCCACCAGGGCCCUCCCAACAAUCCUUGACUCGCUCAUGGACACCCAUCCACAUUGCCAUUCCCAUUCUCAAUCCCUAUCCCAAUUCCACACCCUAGCAAUUACGCGGUGAUAUUGAAUAAAGGACUAUUUAAAUCAAAA